CUGAUAAUCUAGAGCGCCGCAAGAAAAGUUCUUAGGGAGCUGGAAACCGUGGGGUUUGGAUCUGAUGUUGCCAAGCACGGGUGUACAGAGCGCUUUCUAAAACUACGGUAUCUGGGGAGGUGUGAAGGAGGGCACUGAGCAGAGCUGUCCCAGAGCAACAGAUGUGUGACUGGAUAAAGCCGAGAAAAUCGGUGUGUUGUGGCAUAACGCAUAUGUAUUUGACAUUAGCAGGUAUUCGUAGUGAUUUGGAAAUAGUGAUUAGCAGACAAAAGAAAAGCAGUCCGUGCACAGAUGCAGCAGGAAUGAGAUACUAAACUUGUACAUUCCUCAAGAUACUUAUUUCUAACUUAAAAAGUGCUGUCUUUAUUUUAUUGGAGCUAGAGAAAAGUUUGUGUGUUUUUUAUUAAAUGUAGAGCCGGACGUUCAGAUUUUUGGUCUCUCUAAUAAGAAGCCUGUAACAGUCUGAACGAGGUUGUUUAAUUGUUGGAGGAUAAGUUCGUCUUUGUUUAAGUCUAGCAACUGUAGUUUCAGCUGUUAUGGGUCUGGUUCUUACUAAUACAGAUUUCAGUGAAGAGUUUUACCAGCAUGUUUAGUGUGAUCUUCAUAGAUUGGUUGAUUUCAUUUUAUUUUUUUUUAGAGUUGGCACAUUCAGAUUCUUUGUGUGAUUUAUAGGAAUUAAAAGGUCACUCUUUGUUUGUCCCUAGUGUCUAUAUCAAAUUGAGAGUCCGGGGAAUGUUUAUUUGUGGUAACAAUAAAGCGUCUUCAGAAGGGAUAAUCAUGGGUCAAACCGGAAAAAAAUCUGAGAAGGGACCAAUUUGUUGGCGAAAACGUGUGAAAUCAGAAUAUAUGAGACUGAGGCAGCUCAAGCGGUUCCGGCGUGCAGAUGAAGUAAAGAGUAUGUUUAAUUCUAAUCGUCAGAAGAUACUGGAAAGAACAGAAAUCUUAAAUCAAGAGUGGAAACAACGUAGGAUACAGCCUGUUCACAUCAUGACUUCUGUGAGCUCAUUGCGCGGGACCAGGGAGUGCUCUGUUACCAGCGAUAUAGAUUUUCCAAAACAAGUCAUCCCACUGAAGACUCUCAAUGCUGUUGCUUCUGUGCCUAUAAUGUAUUCCUGGUCUCCCCUUCAACAGAAUUUUAUGGUAGAGGAUGAAACUGUUUUACAUAACAUUCCGUAUAUGGGGGAUGAAGUGCUUGACCAGGAUGGUACCUUUAUUGAAGAACUGAUCAAGAACUAUGAUGGGAAAGUGCAUGGAGACAGAGGUGAGCCCAAACACUCAGAAUGUGGAUUUAUCAAUGAUGAAAUAUUUGUUGAGCUGGUCAAUGCACUUGGUCAAUAUAGUGAUGAUGAAGAUGAUGAUGAUGGAGAUGACAAUCCUGAUGAAAGAGAUGACAAGCAAAAAGAUCGGGAAGGUAACAGGAUGGAAAAGGAAAGCCACCCACCUCGGAGAUUUCCUUCUGACAAGAUAUUUGAAGCCAUUUCCUCAAUGUUUCCAGACAAGGGUACAGCAGAAGAAUUGAAAGAGAAGUACAAAGAACUCACUGAGCAGCAGCUUCCUGGAGCUCUUCCUCCUGAAUGCACACCAAACAUAGAUGGACCAAAUGCUAAAUCUGUUCAGAGGGAGCAAAGCCUGCACUCUUUUCACACCCUCUUCUGUAGACGCUGUUUUAAAUACGAUUGCUUCUUACACCCAUUCCAUGCAACUCCUAAUACUUAUAAACGAAAGAAUACAGAAACAGCAUUAGAUAAUAAGCCUUGUGGACCGCACUGUUAUCAACAUCUGGAAGGUGCAAAGGAGUUUGCAGCUGCCUUGACCGCUGAGCGCAUAAAGACACCACCGAAGCGCCCUGGUGGCCGCCGAAGGGGAAGGCUUCCAAACAACACCAGCAGACCUAGUACGCCAACAAUAAAUGUGUUGGAAUCAAAAGACACAGAUAGCGAUAGAGAAGCUGGAACUGAAACUGGAGGAGAAAACAAUGAUAAAGAAGAAGAAGAAAAGAAAGAUGAAACAUCUAGUUCCUCUGAAGCAAAUUCUAGGUGUCAAACACCAAUAAAGAUGAAGCCAAAUAUUGAGCCUCCAGAGAAUGUGGAAUGGAGUGGUGCAGAAGCCUCAAUGUUUAGAGUUCUUAUUGGCACCUACUAUGACAACUUCUGUGCAAUUGCCAGAUUGAUUGGGACCAAAACUUGCAGGCAGGUGUAUGAGUUUAGAGUAAAGGAAUCUAGUAUUAUUGCUCCAGUCCCUGCUGAAGAUGUUGAUACUCCUCCCAGAAAGAAGAAAAGGAAACACAGGUUGUGGGCUGCUCAUUGCAGAAAGAUACAGCUGAAAAAGGAUGGGUCAUCGAAUCAUGUUUACAACUAUCAGCCAUGUGAUCAUCCACGUCAGCCUUGUGAUAGCUCAUGCCCAUGUGUAAUUGCUCAAAACUUCUGUGAGAAGUUUUGUCAGUGCAGCUCAGAAUGCCAAAACAGGUUUCCUGGAUGUCGUUGUAAAGCACAAUGCAACACUAAGCAGUGUCCAUGUUACCUAGCUGUACGUGAAUGUGAUCCUGACCUCUGUUUAACAUGUGGAGCAGCUGACCACUGGGACAGCAAAAAUGUUUCUUGCAAGAACUGCAGCAUUCAGAGAGGAUCCAAAAAGCACUUGCUGUUGGCACCUUCGGAUGUGGCAGGCUGGGGGAUUUUCAUCAAAGAUCCUGUACAGAAGAAUGAAUUCAUCUCUGAAUACUGUGGUGAGAUUAUUUCUCAGGAUGAGGCAGACAGAAGAGGAAAAGUAUAUGACAAGUACAUGUGCAGCUUUCUGUUUAACUUGAAUAAUGAUUUUGUGGUUGAUGCAACACGCAAGGGCAACAAAAUUAGAUUUGCAAACCAUUCAGUAAAUCCCAACUGCUAUGCAAAAGUUAUGAUGGUUAACGGUGAUCACAGAAUAGGAAUAUUUGCUAAAAGAGCCAUUCAGACUGGUGAAGAACUGUUCUUUGACUACAGAUAUAGCCAAGCUGAUGCCCUUAAGUAUGUGGGCAUUGAAAGAGAAAUGGAAAUCCCUUGACACCAGCUACCUCUUCUUUUAAACAAACAGCUGCCUUAUCUUCAGGAAUUUCUAGUACUGUGGGCAAUUUUAGAAAAAACAAAAAUGCAAUUUGCAAUUCUGUAUUUGCAGAGUACUGUAACAGUAAUUUAUAGUAACAAAUUUAAAACCAACCCUGACUUUUUAUUGCCUUCUCACCAGCUGCAAAGUGUUUUGUACCUAUGAACUUUUGCAAUAAUGUGGUGUGGUACAUUUUUCAACCUUGAAUAAAGGAUACUUGAACUUCUUCAUUUUUA